AUGGCUCAAACGACGUCACCCGCCCUCUCAGAUAUUAUCUUCCCGACGACCGCCAACCACAACUUCUCACACAUCCUCACUGACCUCAAGCGCUCCAACCUCUCCAUCGCCAACAGACUGAGAUCCUGCCAGCGAGAUGCCGAAUUCGUGAAGGACGUCGCGACAUGCUUCAACAACAGGCCCCUCGUGGCCAACGAGCGCUGCGGGAGCUGGUACGUCCGCCCCGAGGAAAAGGCCGCGAGCGCCUACUUCAAGAGCACCGACGGCCACACGAACGCUUGGAAGUUCAGCACGCGCAGGUUGAACCUCCACUUGCUCGAGGUCAUCGGGAAACACGACGGAUGCAUCAUCGUGGACUCAACCCGCCGAGGCAAAAGAAUGCCUGACGCCCUGAGCAAAACCAUCCCCGUGUGGUGCACCGUCCUCAACAUGGCCCUCUUCCCAUCCCACCCCAAAUCAGACACCCUGCACACCCCUCCCAACGUCGUCUCGGCCUCUGAGCACUCCCAGAUCGCAGCCCUGCUCCCCUCCUUCCUCGCCUCCCUCAAAGCCCUCAGCCUCGACCUGGACUCCGCCAGAAAGCACAUCACCAAGCCCCUCCGUCCCUUCUGGGUGACCCAGGAAACCCGGCUCUCCCCCACGGACGUCGUCUUCGAGGACUUCCACCCGGUCAUCUGCUGCACCUCCUCCCGCCGCGUCGCCGGCACCGAGCUCAGCGAGGCCGGCUACAUCCAGGGCGCCGGCGACGACACGGAGAACUGGGCCAUGGGUCUCACGGCCGAGGUCUUCUGGUCCAACUCGCAGGCCCUGCUCUCGACCCCGGAGGCGGACCUGCCCGACCUCGUCGCGGAGCUCGUCGCAAAAAGCAAGCACGCGACGAAAGGGGUCCCGCCCAAACAGGUCGCGCCGAGGAUCUCCGUCUGCCCCUUGCCCCUGGACGAUGACGCCGGCGAGACGGACGUGUGCAGAGUCGCACUCACACAAGACGUGACGCAGCGCGAGACGUGGGUAAAAUCCCCGAGGUACAUGGAGGUCGGGCUCGGGAAGCACAAGGUGGCAAGCCGGAACCUGCGCCAGGCGCUGCCGGACAUUUGCGCGUUCGUCUCGCGGCAUUUCGACGCUCAUCCUGAGGGCAGCGUAGUGGUUGCAUGCGAGACGGGCAAGGACCUGUCCAUCGGGGCAGCUCUGGCCAUCUACUGUUGGUGUUUUGGUCAAGACGGCAAGUAUCGUGUGGCAGACUCCAAGACGUUCUUUAAUAAGGACAUGAUUAGAGUCAAGCUGGGGACCAUCAUGACGGCAUACCCAGAAGCAAACGCCAACAGGGCGACACUGCAGAGCGUGAACAGCUUCCUCAUGGAUCGAAGAUGA